AUGGAAGGCAUGAAUCCGAAUGCGCACGAUCUUCCAGAUCAUCAGGUUAUGAGCACCCAAGGUUACGGGACGCUGCCGAACUCUGCAUUGGUCAAUGGGAUAACGCCUCUUCAGCAGCUUGAUUUGGAUGGAGAGAUUAGGCAACCGCAACAGUCUGCUACGAUGGAAAACCCUGCUUUGGUGGCGGGGCAAGCCCAAGCUGGCAAUGUCGCGGGAGGAGUGAAGGCUUCGACGCCGCCACCUCCACCAUCUGGUCAGGCGAUGGGAUAUGGGUCAACUGGAGCUUCGGUGGCUUCAAUGAGCCAUGAUUCCCAGGCUGGAGGGCGAGGUGACACAAGCGAGCGCCUUGGCGGCGCCCGCUGUGCCACUUCCCGUAAUGAGGUGCAACCGCAGUUUGGAGCACAGCCGAACCUGGAAGGAGGGAGUUCAGUGGAUGCUACGGAGGUUUGCGGACAUAGGUUUGCCCAGCUCGAAGAGCAAGCGCCUCAGCUGUACACCCAUGUAGCCGGACAGGCCAAGGCGAAGGCAGAUACUCCGUGUCGCAAUUUCCUUACGGAUGCAGGAUGCUCCAGAGGUUCUAAAGGUGAGGCUAAGGGAGGGGGUAAAGGAGGCAAAGGAGGUCAUCAGGAUAAUCCAAAGGCGAAGGCUUCAUCCGAAAAGCCAGGUGAGAGCGUCGAAGGUGCAAAAUCCUCAGCACCAGCUCCGAAAGCUGGUGGGGCCUCGCAGGCCUCAGCUGUUUCAUCCUCCACUGCAGCCCCGACCGACUCCUCCAAGCUCAAAGCCAUGAUUGCUGAGGCUCAUCAAAUGUUGCAAGACCUCAAAGCAACCUCUAGUGGACAAGAGAGUAGGAGUAGUGUCGAGCUGCCAAAGAUGGCGAUGAUGUGGUCUGAUCUUCCGGACAUUCCUCAGUUGCCUCAAUUGAACUUUGUGCCAGAAAAGGACGCUUUGCUAGACUCGGGCGCAUCCCAUGCGCUCAGAAAGCCAAAGGAUCAAGAGGAAGCUGCCAAUGCCGAACGUAUCGAAGUGAUUCUUGCAGGAGAUGAAAGAAGGAGUCUUCGGCAGAACGCCGGAGGAACGAUACUCAGCGAUGCGCCAAGCGCGCAAACAAUCCUUCCGCUAGGAGCUCUCGUAAGGGAGCUCGGGUGCUCCGUAAAAUGGUCCCGCAAAGGUCUCACUCUGAGACAUCCGGCGUACGGCGUGCUUCGCACGCAGAUCCGAGGGGGAUGUCCUCAGCUAGCUGAAACGGAGGCAUUAAGACUCAUCAGUGACCUAGAACAGAAACGAUUGGAGCGUUUUGAAGGUCAGCUGUGUGAAUUGCAGGCUAAGAUUGAAGCGGUCGAGGGUUCAUCCUGGGAGGAACCAGUGUGCAAAUACCUCACUCAAGGGGAUCGCAAGGAGUUGAUGGUUGCAGUGAGCCGUCUUGAAAUUCCAGAUGAUUCCGUGACUCAGGCCAUGUACUCAAGAGUGAGAGAUUUGAGCAAGGGUAAAGAGUGGGAGUACCUAAAGGAGCUUGGGUUUUCCCGGGCGAAGCGGCGGCGCUUGAUGAAAUCCAACAGGUGGAUGGUCCACCCUGAUGACAAAGGAGAAGCCUUUACUGCCUUAGGGGAGUUAGGGGAAUCCUUCAAGGUCCAAGCCAGAACCUUCAAUGAAUAUCAGACGCAUGCUGCCUCAGGUUUGCUGUUGUGGGCUGCCUCUCAAGGCAAACUAGGAUGUGUCACGAUGCAUGUUGAUUCACAGGAGGACAUGGCGCUUUGUGUGUUGCUAUGGAUCCUAAAUUCCUUUGCCACUGGUGCAAGUAUGCCCAUGUCUCUCAUGACAUCGCCAGAGCUAGGAAGCCAGUGGCAAUCGAUGAUUGCGGGCCUUGCACUCCGCGUCAUUACUCUUGAUGGAAGGAUAGCUGUGUCGACCAUUCCUCUGCCUGAGCUGGAGUUCACGCAAUCCAGGGCUGGGUUUGCCAGGGAGGUCCUUAGGUCCAUCAGGCGGGUGUACGGAAAAUCAGACCCGGGGCCGAGCACUGCGCAGUGGACCGAGCAGCUUGAUCGUGAAUUAGCCCACAACAUGACUUUUCAUCCUGAGAUCAACGUGGCGGACGACGGUGUGCUGAGCUGUUCGGAUCACUGUGCUUCGUCUGUUAGUACCCGUAAGGCAAAGUACCCUAAACGACGCCGCAUUGCAACAUCCCAACAGGUGAUGAAUGGUGAGUCCAGGUCAGGUGGCACAACUGGGACCCCAGUUCUUGCAGCAGUUGACGCCGCCAAACUGGAAGAGUGGAGGCUGCACUUGGCAGCAGGGCAUCAGCCGUACAGGAAGGACUGUGCCACGUGUGUGGCAUCCGCAGCGAUAGGUCACGCGCAUCGGCGCGUUGCUCACAAGACGCCAUGCUCCCUCAGUCUAGACAUUGCCGGGCCUUUCAAGAAAGGAGGGAAGUCGGUAGAUGGUGGCCUCACGUAUUUCGAAAGGGAUGUAAAGUAUGUUCUAGUGGCAUCCUACCGGGCACCCUUGACGUUCUUUAGACCUUCUGAAAAACCCACGUCUGAAGACACUAAGCUUCCAGAUGAGGAAUUUGAGAGUUUAGGGGUAGAGGAUCAAGCUGUGUUCGAGGAAGAGGCAGAGGAGCCACGUCUCGAUGGUGAGGAAGAAAAGGAUGAGGAGGGGUUCCUCUUGUCGGAUGAAGAACCUGUCAAAGCCGAGAUGCGCAAAAUAGUGGGUCCCUUUGAUGAGGUGGUAGCGCGAGCUCCGAGGUAUAUGCCUCCUCGAAGGAGGUUUGCGCGCCUUGAUUCUCAGGAAUCCCAGAGAUGGUACGAUCCAGAUGCGGCGACGGCGUUGCAGUUUCCGUUAGGUUAUCCCCCGCCACUCCAGGACAGAUGGGAGGACUUGGUAAUCCCUUCUUUUGAUGAGGAUUGUUUGGUCGAGCAUUUCAUACCCAUAGCCUUGUAUAUGAACAGAAACCAGGAUUGGGAUGAAGAUUCGGAUGUGGUGUUUGUUGACCAGGAUGGAGAACUGGAGCCGACUGUCGUGGCUAGAGUUCUAAGGUAUGAGGGCCAUGUGAGUCCGGCACGAAAUGAGUUCUGGUACUUCCGGGUUUAUAAUUUACUUGAGGACAAGGAAGAGACGUACUUCAUUCUUGAAGAGUUUAGUACCAGGGCAGAUACCGCGAACUUUCCACCACGACCGCCAAACUUGGUGCCACCUCCAAGCCCGUUUGAUGGAUAUGAGGCACCACCUCGUUUGGCAAUGAUGCAAGAGGACGUCGACUAUGGGGAGUACGUACUUUCAGAGUGUGAGGAACAUGGACAUUCCAACGCGAGCAAACCUCAAGAUCAGGAAUCGAUGGCCUCAUGGUUGGAAGCCGAUCUUGAAAACCUAGCCUCAGUCUCGGAAGAGGUGCUGUCGAAAGAAGCGUUGAAGGCCAAGGUUGAAGAAUUGAGUAAGCCUGUCCCGCAGGGCUCAGUGAUUUUAGCCAAAGCCCUCGUGUCACGCAAAGGAUCCGAGGUUUUGAUGGCACUUCAAGAGAUUGUUGUUCAGUUGGAGCAAUAUGGUUUGUUUGUGUCCAAGGUGCACACAGACAGAGCGCGAGAGUUCCUCUCGUACAAGCGGGUGCGUUCUUGGCUUGCCUCAAAAGGAAUAGCCAGGUCUUUCACUUCCGGCAUUGAACCAGCUGCAAAUGGCUCGGGAGAAAGUGCGGUUAAGUGGGUGAAGCGCCGAGUACGGCAGCUCCUCAUAAGUAGUAAGGCUCCUGCCAGCCAGUGGCCUGCUGCAAUGCAAUGGGCGGUCACCAAGCAAAUCCGCGAGAAACUCCCUGUAGGCACGGUGUCUGAAGGCCACGUCAUCAUAAAGUCUACGGGUGAGUAUACUACGUGCAAAGGGAUCAAGCUUGGUGUGGAGCGCCUUGAAGAACAUGUUCCUCUACCUGUAGUUGAGGGAACGAUUGACAUGCCUGCAAAACGGCUUCGAGAAAAAACGCGGUUGGCAUCGCUGGAAACCGAAAGGGCAGUGCAAGAAUCGGAAGUCUUGGCCGGGGAGCUGCAUAGGCUACAGGAUUUCAGUCGUGAAAAGUGUCAACUGCUUUUACGAGCUAGCGGCAUUGAGAAAUCGAACAAGCCGGGCGUGAGAGGAGCGCCCGAAAGCAUGAUCCUAGGAGGCUACGUGCAGGGUGGCUUCAAGGGUGCUACUAAGGAGACGUUGAGGAGACCGAACUUGACCAAGUUCUUGAAUGAGAGGGGUGAAGGUACGGCUGAGAAGGUCCAGGACUUCGAAAGUUGGGUAUCUUGGAAGGAGAAAGUUUCCGUCAACAAUGGCCUGAGCACCUCAGAGUCAAUGAACCCUGAAGGUGUGAAGCAGGUCAAGGAGAGCGAGGAGGGGACUUUCCUUCAUCAUCUCAGCAACGUGCUGAGGGUUCAGGUCGUCAACAGCCGUGGGCAAGUGCAAGGGGAUCUAGAGCCAGUGAGUGUUGAGGAGAUACUUCAGAGUCUAGUCGCUGCAGCUCAGAAGGAACUGAACAGCCUACAAUCCCUCGGAGCCAUCAUUCGUCACACUGGACGAGACGCACAGAGGUGUGGGAAGUACAGAGGGCCGUCUACGGCUACCGAGAAGCUCCACGAUAUUGGAGCGAGCACCGCAAUGCCACCUUGA